ACACACGGAUCGUAAAUCAUCACCACCACCGUAUCGUUGGCAAAUCCGGCGCCGGCGUCUAAUCUUGAGACCGGAAUAGAAGUUCAAGGGAUGCGAUCCUCCGUGGCGAGGUGGCGGUGGGGAUUGUCAUCCAAUGUGGCGGCGGAAUCAGGAGCGAGAGCUUCUCGCCGUUAAAUGGCCGGCUUGCAAUUGCAAAUGACUUGGCAGCACAAUUUGUUGAUAAGGAAACGCAAGAAUGGUCCUCCUGUAGGGUUCAAGAAUCUCCAUAACACCUGCUACCUCAACUCCGUCCUCCAGUGUUUAACCUACACUCCUCCCCUCGCCAAUUUCUGCCUCCAACUCAAACACACAGCCUUUUGUGAAUCGGCUGGGCAGCAGGAAAAGAACAGUGGUUGUGCUUUUUGUUUACUAGAGAAGAGAAUUGUGCGAUCACUGAGUAUUGACCUAACCCUAGAUACGCCUGGCAAGAUCAUUGGUGGAUUGAAAAUUUUUGCUGAGCAUUUUCGCUUUGGAAGGCAAGAGGACGCACAUGAGUUCCUGCGAUACGUCAUUGAUGCGUGUCAUACCAAGUGUCUAGGUCUGAAGAAGUUGCAGCAGCAGGGGCAGAGGCUUCUCACCAAUGGAAGAGGUAACAGUUAUGGUGGCAGUACGGUAGUUAAGGAAAUAUUUGGGGGUGCUUUGCAGAGUCAGGUGGAGUGUCUUGCUUGUGGAAAUGAAUCCAAUAAGAUUGAUGAGAUUAUGGAUAUAAGUAUUGAUGUGUUCAACAGUAGUUCUCUUAAAGAUGCUUUGCAGAAAUUUUUUCAACCAGAGAUUCUGGACGGAAAUAACAAGUACAAGUGUGAUAAUUGUAGAAAGUUGGUAGUUGCAAGGAAGCAAAUGUCAAUGCUUCAAGCACCUAAUAUUCUUGUAAUUCAACUAAAGAGGUUUGAGGGAAUAUUUGGUGGAAAGAUAGACAAACCCAUUGCUCUUGAGGAAGUGUUGAUGCUUUCAAGCUUCAUGUGCAAAUCAAGCCAGGAUCCCCAUCCAGAGUAUAAAUUAUUUGCUACCAUUGUUCAUUCUGGCCUUUCCCCCGAUUCUGGACACUAUUAUGCUUACAUCAAGGAUGCAAUUGGCCGUUGGUAUUGCUGCAACGAUUCUCAUGUAUCACUUUCAACCCUUCAGGAAGUUCUCUCUGAAAAAGUCUAUAUUCUUUUCUUUUCUCGUACUAAGCAGAAGCCAGUAAUACCUAACAAAACUUUGGCUACCAAUGGGAAAAGGGCAUAUGAUUGCAAUGGGGGUGACAUGCCCAAAAUUCAGAAGUCUGGUCAUAUUGUAAAAUCUACAAACUUGCAACAAUCUGUAAAGGUUGACUCUGUGGCGCCACCCAGAGUUGACAAAUUGCUUUCUAGUCCGAAAAGGAAAUUAGGUCCCUCUGGAAAUUCAUGUACCAGAAAGUUCUAUGCAACUCUGAAUAUGAAAAUUGUUGACAAUAAAGAAAACAAUGUAAAUAAUGGAGACGUAAAAUCUUCGAACUUUAAGAAGACGGGUGAGAAAAAGAUGCCAUUGUUAGAGGAUAAGAAUGGUUUUAGUCAAAAUAGACCUGUCAGUGCUGUUAGCAGAGAGGAAAGUCGAUCAUCUCUUGUAGUAAAGGGAAAUGGUGAGACCCUGAAAAGCAAUACCGACUUUGUUGCAAAUGGGUGCAAGAGCAACGGUGCAAGAAAGGAAUUGGCAACUGGAAAAAUGCCUGGCUAUCAGGAGAUGCAUAAUGGUAGUGCUAACAGCCACCCUGAUUAUCAGGAAAGUCAAUCAUCUCUUGUAGUAGAGACCCAGAAGAGAAGUACUGACUUUGUUGCAAAUGGGUGUAAGAGCAAUGGUGCAAGAAAUGAAAUAGCAACUGGAAAAGGGUCCGACUAUCAGGAGAUGCAUAAUGGUAGUGCUAUCAGUCACCCUGAUAAGGCAAGCUACAAGAGGAAACUCCAUGAAGAGCAGCAGUCUUGCAGUCUGUUUGCUGAGGAUUUCCAGUCACAAGCAAAAGAUGGAAAACUAAAAAAAUUUCUUCAGAGAGAAGCUUCGUCCUUUCUGCGAACUUGUGGUUGGUCAGAUGAGGUUCAUAGUUUCAUGCUUGCAAAGAAGAAGUGUGCUCGAGUUGCAAGCAGUGGUGCUUCACCUGGUAAUGAACUUAAGAGGAUGCUGAUAGCUGAUGCCAAGUCGACCUUCAUUUCCCGAAUUCCCGAGUCUAUAAAAUCAGAGCUUAUCAAACAUCUGAAAGUAUUUAGCCAAGAUACCACACAUGUUGAUCCAUGAAGCCAAGGCUCCAUAAUUUUCGCUAAUGGGAGGUGUGGCAUUUACAAGAUGAGUUUGUAAUGUAAGUUUAGGAGACAAAUACCAUAUGGGAACACGAAGAUUAUAAUUGUCAUCUUUUUGGCUGACGCACGAUCUGGGUGAAGAUCAGAAGACGGAUUUUGAAAUUUGCAGAGCAAGUUCUUCUGUGAGACAGGUUCGGGCCUAAUCGGAACAGACCUCAGAUAUAUUCUUUCUGUACAAUAUAUACACCCUUUUUGACACUAGUAUAAUUCACAAAUUUUCUACCAAAAUCAAACGGUUUCAAUAUAUGGCUAUAUAAAGUACUACAAGUUAUUAAUCUACUUUUCAUUGCUUUUUUGGAGUAUAUAAUGUUUAUAUGCUGUAAAUACUUGCAUACGAUUCACAUAUUUGGUGAGGUUUGAACCCUUGAUCUAGAAGGUCAGACUACACUGGUAACUCGGGUACUGCUGAUCAAUGACCAAAGGGUUAUUACUUUUCA